CCGCAUGAUGUGUCAAUAAAACAAAUAACUUCAUUUCAGGGGAUGUGAAUGGGAUAUUGCUUGGAUAUCAUUCCCCACAGCCUGGCUCAAAUUUAAUCCGACAAAAUGGAUUAUUCUGGAAAAGAAAAGGAGGCUCUGGCCAUCAUGGCUGAAGCAGACAAGAAAAUGAAAACGUCACAUUCGUUAUUCGGAUCGUUUUUUGGGAGUUCCUCCAAGGUCGAGGAGGCCUGUGACUUGUACGUGAGAGCUGCCAACAUGUUCAAGAUGGCAAAGAACUGGAGUGCUGCAGGAGAUGCCUUCUGCAAAGCUGCACAGCUGCAUUUACAGGUGCAAAGCAAGCACAACGCCGCCGUAAACUUUCUUGAUGCUGGCAACGCGUUCAAGAAGUCCGAUCCUCAAGAGGCCAUAAACUGUUUCUGUCAGGCCAUUGACAUCUACACAGACAUGGGACGUUUCAACAUUGCAGCGAAACACCACAUAUCAAUUGCCGAAAUCUAUGAAUCUGAGUUACUGGAUAUAGAUAAAGCCAUUGCUCAUUAUGAACAGGCAGCAGAUUACUACAAAGGGGAGGAGUCCACCAGUGCAGCCAACAAAUGUUUUCUUAAAGUGGCAACCUAUGCAGCUCAGAUGGAGCAGUACCAGAAAGCCAUUGAAAUAUUUGAGCAGAUUGGGACUUACUCCAUGGACACUACUUUGCUGAGGUAUGGUGCUAAAGACCACUUCUUCAAAGCAGCUCUGUGUCACUUCUGCGUGGAUAUGCUCAACUGCAAGCUGGCUGUACAGAAGUAUGAAGAAAUGCAUCCAGCCUUCUCAGAUGCCAGAGAGUGCAAACUUCUUAAGAAACUUCUUGAUGCACACGAAGAGCAGAAUAUUGAUGCAUAUGCUGACGCAGUAAGGGAAUUUGAUUCCAUCACUCGGCUUGAUCAGUGGCAGACCACUAUGUUACUAAGAAUCAAGAAGACCAUUCAGGAUGAAGAGAAUGACCUUCGCUAAUGUGAAGUCAUGAUUCCAAGCUCAUUUCCCAUUCUCCCAUUCUCCUUUCUUACCAGCUCUAUUAUUUAUUCAUAUAUGUGAAAAUGAAGGUCACGUGUGCAUUACGCACAUCCUAAGUCCUACUAAAGAAAUGUAACUUUUAUCCCAAAGAACACUGUGAAGUCUUUUAGUUUGACACUGGGUAGAAUUUAUGCUACAAGCUAUGACCACAACAUUCCUUUGAAGUCAAUGCAACUCCUCAUAAAUCUGAUUAUUUUAUGUGUUACCAUUUGCAUUCAUGCUUGUGCAGCUUCAGUAAUUGCUUUAUUUAUUAUUUUAUUAAUUGUUGUAAAUUAUCAUUUAAUUUCCAUUAGUUACUGACCAAGUCCCAAUGCUCGUAUGUGUCAAUAUGUCUUAGUAGUAUUUAUAGUGUAGUGAAGAUAAUUCUCCAUUUGUGCAAAAUUCUAUUAAUGAGAUGAUCAGCUUGAAUCAGCUGAAACAGUACUAAUUGCUAUUUUCUUGUUUUUCUCUAUGGAGGAAAUAAUCAAGAAGUAAUUUUUUUCAGUUAUAUCUUAAAUGAAAUUUGAAUUUACCAUAUUUUAAAACAGUGAUUUUCAUCUUGCUGUUUUGUUUUUCGUACCAAAAUAAGAAGAGUGAAUCUGCAUGAUGGUCCUGUAUUAAGCGGGAUCUGUGAGGAUUUAUCAGUCCUCCUCCCGCUGUCUGAAGGGUGGACCGGUUAAGUGUGCAAUUUGUUCAUCACGUAUAGAACAUUAAAUACCUGAGGAACCAGCUUGGCAUGAAAAUGUUUUAGUUCUUAUUAAGUUUAAUUUAUUGAUGCAUUACAACAAGCUCAUAAUUAAAAGUCAUACUGUUUGUUAUCUAAAAUUAACUUGAGUUAUUACGUUUCGCAAUUCAGUGCUUUUCAUAUUGACAGUUUCAUCUACAUACAUGUUUGGGUGCUCAUGACUAGUCGUGGAUCAAUGCAGGACCUUAAGCUUGGAAAAAGCAUGGCAGAAUAAGCUUAAUGUAACUAAAAAAUGAGGUGUAACACAAAGUCUAAUAUUUGGAGGCAAGCAGUGGAAGCAUGCAUUAUUUCAUCAAAACCUAUGUUAAAAUGAUUUAAAAAGCGAAUAAAUUAUUUGAUUCCCUC